CAUGCGCUAGACGAUCCCAUUCUUGUCCUGCAGGCAACAUUCCGGGUGGAGAGUGUGAGGAGAGAAAGAGAAAGACACUAGAAGAGAUUUCAGGCCGUGGACUACUGUAUAUUUACUGUACCAGACCCGAGCCGUGUUUGCGAGGCUGUGGCGGCUCUUUAGCGGGACAUGGGCACACCAGGCCAGACCCCAAACCCAACCAUGGAGCUGUGAGCCGACUCUCCUCCACCAUCCCUCCAUCCUUCUCCAAUUUACUGCUGCUACCCGGAGCCAAAACCACCUCUCGUCUCUUCUCCUCCUCUUUCUGCCUGCCCUGCUCUGGUGGUUUGGCCCGGGUCCUGCUCGCAACAACCCAGAGCGCAGAGCAAGCCCGCGAGGGGAGGGUGCCGUAAACUUCCCCCAGCUGCUAUCCAGACAAAUGCUGCAUUGCUACCAUUCUCUGGCCACUCCAACAUCCGCCGCUAUGACAAAACUGCUAGCCUUGUGAACUAGCAGUCGGGCAUUACGGAAAUCUAUCCAUCACCCAAGCUGUACACAAUCACACAUUUUCGGGACGAUUGUAUAUUCCAAGUUAGUUUCAUCAAUCAGUCAAAGUUUAGGCUAACAUGAUGGAGUCCAGUAUGGAGAACUGUUUAACCCUAGUACUGCAGAAAGAUGUAGGAAAAAGGCUUCAAGUUGGCCAGGAAAUCAUCGAUUAUAUUCUGGAUAAAGACAAGUCACAUGACCUAGAGCAAGAUCAGACAGCGCUGGACAAAAUGGUGGACGGCAUCGCGAGUUCCUGGGUCAACUCCAGUAACUUCAAGGUGGCUCUGUUGGGAUUGGAUCUUUUAUCUGCCUUAGUAACCAGAUUACAGGACCGGUUUAGGGCCCAAAUAGGAACAGUCCUCCCUAGCCUUAUUGAUCGAUUGGGAGACUCCAAAGAUCAAGUACGGGAUCAAGAUCAAACACUGCUGCUAAAAAUAAUGGAACAAGCUGCAACGCCUCAGUACGUGUGGGACAGAAUGCUGGGGGGUUUCAAACACAAGAACAACAGAACUAGAGAAGGAGUGUGCCUUUGUUUAAUCGCAACGCUUAACACAUAUGGAGCUCAAGGUCUCACUCUCAGUAAAAUAGUCCCUCAUAUAUGUAACCUUUUGGGGGAUCCCACAAGUCAGGUUCGUGAUGGUGCUAUGAGCUGUCUAGUGGAGAUCUACAGACAUGUGGGGGAGAGGGUCAGACUGGACCUCAGCAAAAAGGGCCUUCCACAGUCACGGUUGAAUGUAAUCUUCAGCAAAUUUGAUGAAGUCCAAAGAUCGGGAAACAUGAUCUCCUCAUCUGGCUCAGAUAAAAAUUUCGAGGAUGAAGACUCAGUGGAUGGGGGCCGGUCCUCCUCCUCUUCCUCCUCCAAAGCACCCCCUAGUGGUAGAAGAACUGUUAUGAGCUCAGUAAGGAGGCCCAGCUCUGCCACUUCGGCCAAAGUACCAGGUAAAGAGGCAGGCGCUGGUGCGGUUGAUGAAGAAGACUUUAUUAAAGCCUUUGAGGAUGUCCCUGCUGUUCAGAUCUACUCCAACAGAGAGCUUGAAGACCAGCUGACCAAGAUCCGAGAAGUGCUAUCAGAUGACAAACACGACUGGGAGCACAGGGUUGUCGCAUUGAAGAAGGUGCGCUCGGUGAUCUUGGCCGGAGCACUUGACUAUGAGGGCUUCCCACAGCAGCUCAGGCUCCUGGAAGCUCCAUUCAAACUGUCGGCUAAAGACCUGCGCUCUCAGGUGGUCCGGGAGGCCUGCAUCACUCUGGGGCAUCUGUCGUCAGUGCUGGGGAACAAGUUUGACCAUGGGGCAGAGAGCGUGAUGCCCACUCUGCUCAACCUGGUGCCCAACAGUGCCAAAGUCAUGGCCACAUCAGGAAUGGCUGCCAUUCGACUCAUCCUCAGGCAUACACAUUACCCACGUCUCAUCCCCAUCAUCACCAGUAACUGCACCUCCAAAUCAGUCGCUGUUAGAAGACGCUGUUACGAGUUCCUAGACCUUAUGUUACAAGAAUGGCACACUAACACAUUAGAAAGACAUGUGGCCAUGCUGAUUGAAACCAUCAAGAAAGGAAUACAUGAUGCAGACUCCGAAGCUCGGUCCAUCGCAAGGAAGUGUUACUGGGGCUUCCAUGGACACUACAGCAGAGAGGCAGAGCACCUGUUCCAGGCGUUGGAGUCCACAUAUCAGAAGGCUCUGCAGUCCCACCUCAAGAGCUCUGAUAGUAUAGUGUCUCUGCCACAGUCCGACCGCUCGUCCUCCUCUUCACAGGAGAGCCUCAAUCGUCCACUUUCUGUGAAGAGUGUAAUUGGAGGAAGCAUGACCAGAAGUAAACUGGUGAGCGCGCGGGUGCCCUCUCAGUCUGGCUCUCUCCAGCGCUCUCGCAGUGACAUCGACGUAAACGCAGCAACCACCGCCAAAUCUCGCCUGACCACUGUCCCUGCCCCCUCACCAUUCAGCUCCGCGGCUGCGUUACCUCCCGGCUCCUACGCCUCUUUAGGUCGCGUUCGCACCCGGAGAACCAGCUCUGGCAGCGUGGGCGGAGCCAGUCCCUCGGUGGUGGACAGUAGGGGGCGCAGUCGAGCCAAAGUGGUUUCCCAAUCCCAGCCCGGUAGCCGUUCCAGUUCUCCGGGCAAACUGUUGAGCAGCUAUGGGCGUGUCCCCCGCGCCACUGGCUCCACCUCCUCCACGCCAGCCGACAAGCGAAGCAGGAUCCCACGCAGCCAGGGAUGCAGCCGCGAGACCAGCCCUAGCAGGAUGGGACUGGCCCGGAGCCGCAUUCCCCGACCCAGCAUGAGCCAGGGCUGUAGUCGUGACACCAGCAGGGAGAGCAGCCGCGACACCAGCCCUGCGCGGGGUUUCACUCCUCUGGCCUCUCGACGUCAUUCCCGUUCCACCAGCGCUCUGUCCUCAGCUGACCCCCACGGCCCGUCAGACCGCUAUGGCUUCAUAAACCAGGCUCGUAUCUCUGCCUCUGUGAACGCCAUGAGGGUCCUGAACACGGGCACUGAGGUGGAGGCUGCAGUCGCUGAUGCUCUGCUGUUAGGAGACUCCAGGAAUAAGCGAAAGCCCAUGAGAAGAAGAUACGAGUCCCCAGGCAUGUACUCGGAUGACGAUGCUAACAGCGAUGCGUCUAGCGCUUGUUCAGAGCGCUCUUACAGCUCGAGAAACGGAGGGAUCCCACAUUAUCUCAGGCAGACGGAGGAUGUGGCUGAAGUGCUCAAUCACUGCGCUAGCUCCAACUGGUCUGAGAGGAAGGAGGGCCUCUUGGGGCUGCAGAAUCUGCUCAAGAGCCAGAGGAUACUCAGUCGAGUGGAGCUAAAGAGGCUGUGCGAGAUUUUCACCCGAAUGUUUGCAGACCCCCACAGCAAGGUCUUCAGUAUGUUUCUGGAGACGUUGGUGGACUUCAUCACGGUGCACAGGGAGGACCUCCAGGACUGGCUCUUUGUGUUGCUAACUCAGCUGCUCAAGAAGAUGGGGGCUGACCUGCUAGGCUCUGUGCAGGCCAAAGUGCAAAAGGCACUAGAUGUUACCAGAGAAUCAUUUCCAUUUGACCAGCAGUUCAAUAUUCUAAUGCGAUUUAUUGUUGAUCAGACACAGACACCAAACCUAAAGGUGAAGGUAGCCAUCUUGAAGUACAUCGAGUCUCUAGCACGGCAAAUGGACCCGACAGAUUUUGGGAAUUCUAGUGAAACACGCCUGGCUGUGUCCCGCAUCAUCACCUGGACCACAGAACCCAAGAGCUCUGACGUCAGAAAGGCGGCCCAGGUGGUGCUGAUCUCCCUGUUUGAGCUCAACACUCCAGAGUUCACCAUGCUUCUGGGAGCUCUGCCCAAGACCUUCCAGGACGGAGCCACCAAACUACUUCACAACCAUCUCAAGAACUCCAGCAACACCAGCAGCACGGUGGGCUCACCGAGUAACACAAUUGGCCGAACACAGCCGCGCCACACUCCAAGCAGAACCAGCCCUCUCACCUCUCCCACCAACUGCUCACACGGAGGCCUGUCUCCAAGCAUGAUGGAGUACGACACAGAAAACAUGAACUCAGAGGAGAUCUACAGCUCCCUGCGCGGGGUCACCGAGGCCAUCCAGAGCUUCAGCUACAGGAGCCAGGAGGACCUCAAUGAGCCAAUCAGACGUGACAGCAAGAAGGACGACGGCGCGGGGCGAGAAGGACUGGCCUCCUCCCCAGGCUCUGAUGCCCGGCUCGGGUUGGACAUGGUGGAAGGUGGUCGUACGGCUCUGGACAAUAAAACCUCUCUGCUCAACACUCCGUCCCCACGCUCCUUUGCUGGGCCACGCACUCGUGAGUUCUCCCCUUACGGAUACGGAGAGACCAUCUGCACCUACGACAAGAGCGCCCUGAAAGAGGCGGUGUUUGAUGAUGAUGUGGAGCAGUUCAGAGACUCCCGGCGUCAGGAAAGUGCGGAGAACAAGAUGACCCUGCCCAAGUCGUAUGCUCCCGUUGGCCAGGACCACUCGGACAUGGUGGCCGAUCUUCUGAAGGAGCUGUCCAAUCACAACGAGCGCUCAGAGGAGAGGAAAGGGGCCCUGGUGGAGCUGUUAAAGAUCACCCGAGAGGACAGUGUCGCUGUGUGGGACGAGCACUUUAAGACCAUCCUCCUGCUGCUGCUGGAGACUCUGGGGGACAAAGACCACACCAUCAGGGCGAUGGCUCUGCGCGUGCUGAAAGAGAUUUUGAGAAACCAGCCGGCUCGCUUCAAGAACUACGCUGAGCUGACCAUCAUGAAGACACUGGAGGCCCACAAAGACUCACACAAAGAGGUGGUGCGUGCGGCGGAGGAGGCAGCAGCCACCCUGGCGGGCUCCAUCCACCCGGAGCAGUGCAUAAAGGUGCUGUGUCCCAUCGUACAGACUGCAGACUACCCCAUCAACCUGGCCGCCAUCAAGAUGCAGACCAAAGUCAUCGAGCGCAUCGGCAAAGAGUCUCUAAUACAGCUGCUACCUGAUAUCAUCCCAGGGCUCCUACAGGGCUACGACAACACCGAGAGCAGCGUCCGAAAGGCCAGCGUAUUUUGCCUGGUCGCCAUCUACUCUGUGAUUGGUGAAGACCUCAAACCCCACCUGGCACAGCUAACGGGAAGCAAGAUGAAGCUUCUCAACCUGUACAUCAAGCGAGCGCAAACGACCAACAGCAACAGCAGCAGCUCCUCGGACGUCUCCUCGCACAGCUAAUGAACCGGAGGAGAGUCU